AUGCCGGCGCCGCACGAAGGCCUUCUUUUUAAAAUUAUUGGCGCAAUUGGUCUGUUCUUUGUGGUGCAGCUGGCGAUGUUCUGGCGAAAUUUGCAAGGCCUGGACGAAAAGAGGCUGAUCGUCGAAGCCGAGAUCGCAACGCUGCAACGGAAACGCGACGAGCUGCACAAGAAAAUUUGGUUGCUCGAAAAGGAUGCUUAUCGACUGGAAGUUCGUGAUCGAUUGCCACUUGCCGAGUCACGUAAGCAUCUCCCAUUCAUCUAUUUCAUAACACCAACCUAUCGAAGGCCUACUCAGAAAGCCGAUCUCAUCCGCUUGGCGCAAACACUCGCGCCUGUCCCGAAUCUGUGUUGGAUUGUGGUUGAGGAUGCCAACGAUACGUCUCAGUUUGUUGCCAAUAUCUUCAAAAGAUAUCGCAUCAAAUUUGCUCAUCUGUACGCGCUGACUCCCCGCGAUAAGAAGCCCAAUGAGACGGACCCGAACUGGAAAAUGACACGAGGAGUGUAUUGCUUCACUUUCAGAGUUCGUGAUCGAUUGCCGCUUGCCGAGUCACGUAAGCAUCUCCCAUUCAUCUAUUUCAUAACACCAACCUAUCGAAGGCCUACGCAAAAAGCCGAUCUCAUCCGCUUGGCGCAAACACUCGCAUCUGUUCCGAAUCUGUGUUGGAUUGUGGUUGAGGAUGCCAACGAUACGUCUCAGUUUGUUGCCAAUAUCUUCAAAAGAUACCGCAUCAAAUUUGCUCAUUUGCAUGCGUUGACUCCGCGCGAUAAGAAGCCCAAUGAGACGGAUCCGAACUGGAAAAUGACACGAGGACGCGGGGUAGUGUAUUUCGGUGAUGACGACAACACCUACGACCAGAGAUUGUUUGAUGAGAUGCGAACCAUACAGAAAGUGGGUGUCUGGCCAGUCGGCCUUGUUGGCGGCCAAAUUGUGGAAACUCCAAUCAUUCUGGCUGAUAAUCGGAUAACUUUCAACUCAAAAUGGAAACCAGAACGACCGUUUCCUAUUGACAUGGCCGCGUUUGCAGUCAAUCUUUCCCUGGUCGUUGACUUCCCCGGUGCAUCGUUCACCUAUAACAUAUCGCGUGGUCUUCAGGAGUCGCAUUUCCUCACUGGGCUAGGCUUGAAAAGGAGUGAUUUGGAGCCGAAAGCAAAUGGCUGCAGGAAAGUGUACGUCUGGCAUACGCGAACCGAAGUUGCUCAGCUUAUAACAACAGAAAGAGAGAAAUUCUGGCAUGGCGUGCUGAACGAAACCGAAGUCGAUGCCGUCCGUUGA